AUGGCGGCCUUGGUGGUUGGGAUGAGAACAUACACGCGCGCUGUUCUCGUCAAGAAUGUUGGGGCUGACGAUAUCUUGAUGAUAGUCGCUUUUAUCGGUACUAUUGGUUAUCUGGUGACUAUCAUUCAGCAGAUCAAGUGGGGACUCGGCGAUGCUAUCGGCCUCGAGGAACUGGUCGAAUUCCUUCGAGCUCUCUAUGCGACCGUGGUGUUGUACAACUUCACCCAGCUCUGCGUCAAGUUCUCGAUCCUCUUCCAAUAUCGCCGAAUCUUUCGAACCGACGGAGCCAAGAGAAUUAUCACAGGGCUGAUUAUAUGGCUCGGAGCGUAUGCAGCGUUCUGCCUGGGUACAACAAUCUUCACUUGUUGGCCCGUAGCAAAAUACUGGGAUGAUUCAAUUGAGGGAGGCUGCAUCGAGCGUUCAGCCCUGAACUACGCCAUUGCUGGGUUCAAUAUUCUCAACGAUCUCAUCAUCCUGUUCAUACCAAUCCCGUGGCUCAAGAAUCUGCAAGUCACUUUCCGGGCGAAGCUUGUGCUUAUCGGAGUGUUUACCUGCGGCGCCUUCGCUGCCAUUGUGGCCAUCGUCAGGCUUCAUUCGUUGUAUGUGCACGGCUCAGCACCUAUUGAUCAACAACCACUCGUUGGCGUAGACAUUGCCGUCUGGUCUGGUCUUGAGAUCAACAUUGCCAUUAUUUGCGCCUCAGUACCUGCACUAAAGGCACUUUUCAUCAAGAUCAUCCCAAAGCUUGGGACAUACAAGAAGUAUUCGAAGAAUCCCUACGGACGUAGCACCACUGGAAACCUUCCUCUUCGAAGCUUCGACAAGCGAACGGGGAACUUCUCGCAGAGUGGAAAGGAUGGUAGCAAAAUGGAGAUCCAAGUUCACAGAUCGAUCGAGAUGAACGUCAUGCCAGUGGAAGAUGAUGAUAGUCAAAAAGACCUCGUCACCAACGGGUGGGCGGCAGGCUGCUAUGCUCAUGGUCAGCAGCCUGACGACGCGGAGGCUCGAGCUGGGACUGGUCCUGGUGACCGCCGGAGUAACAUUAGAGCCAAUUCGAGGUGA